ACAGAGACAGGGUACAGGCCAUCGGGCGCUGGAGAGAGGCAGGUGACGCUGGGCGGAAGGACACCUCACGGCCGGAUCUUGUUUUGCUUCAGGCGGUUAGGAUAUAAGCGCGGCGCGCGGGCGGUGUCACCUCAUUGUCGGCCUGAACCUCGAUGAGAGAAGUGGUAUUGCGAGUGUCUGUGCGCGCAGCAGCCUCCCGCGCGGCGCGGAACGGAGCAGCGUCCCCUCCCCUGGCCGCCAUGGCUCUUUAAGGGCGGCAGGGCCAGCGGCGGCAUUGGCCAGUGCAGCAGGCGCAGCAGCAGCGGCGGCGGCCUCAGCACACCCCCGGCAUCUGCAACCAUGGCGUUUUUCAAGGCAUCGCACAGCAGCAUUGCUGUAGUCGACAACAAAGCCCUCUACUUGUCUGCAUCCUUUGACAUCAAAGCAUUAAAAACUGACGAAGAUGAGCCUCUUGAACAACGAGAUGCUGUUGGGGGAUUUAUUAUCCCCCUUCAGCCAGCCGUGUUCGGUGGCUGAGGAAAGUCUGGGACUCCUCGAUGACUACCUGGAGGUGGCCGAGCCCCUCGGUUCGCAUGGGUUCUCCAGCGACAAGGCUAAGGCAGUCUCCUCCAAUUGGCUUGCUGUGGACAGUUUAGGCAACACCAUAGAUAGCAGCCAGGAGGAUGCCUUCUCUGGCAUGGAGUGGAUGGUGGAGAAGAUGGAUCUGAAGGAAUUUGAUUUUGAUGCCCUGUUAGGUGUGGAACAUCUGGAAGCCACCGUCUCGCCAGACGAGCUGAUGGCCACGUUGGAAGACACGUGUGAUCUCCUAUUUAACCCUGCCAUCCCAGAAUUCCACAGCAAAGAACCUCCACUGAUAACAGACCUAAUCACCCAUCUCCCUGAAUCACCCACUGGAGUAGAUCCAGUGGCCCCAUUGGCUUCCCUUUGGUCUUUUCCCCUUUCCCCAGGGUCUCUGACUUCCACUCCAGACCACUCAUUUAGCUUAGAACUGGGUAGUGAAGUGGAUGUUUUGGAAGGUGAAAGAAAACAGGAGGGCCCUGCCUUUGUGGUAGUGAUCACCAAGUCUGAGAAAGAGGAGGAGAACCAUUCCGAUGAUAGUGGAAUAUGCAUGAGCCCAGACUCUUACCUGGGAACACCCCAGCAUAGCCCUACCAAUUCAGUUGGAUCCCCCAAUGACAGCCGGUUCCCUGCAGAAACCAGCUGUGGCUCUGUGCAGGCCAAACCCUAUGAUCAUCCUGCAGAGAGGGUAGUGUCAGCGAAGAUAAAGGGAGAAAAGAAAAUAGAUAAGAAACUGAAAAAGAUGGAGCAGAAUAAGACAGCUGCCACACGUUACCGGCAGAAGAAGAGGGCAGAACAGGAGGCACUCUCUGGGGAGUGCAGAGAGUUAGAGCAGAAAAAUCAGGCCCUGAAGGAGAAGGCAGAUUCCCUUAGUAAGGAAAUCCAGUACUUAAAAGAUCUGAUUGAAGAGGUCCGCAAGGCCAAGGGCAAAAGAGCUAGAGUCACUGAGUAGGGUAGUCAGCAGUUUUUAUGUGCAUGUAUAUAAGCUUGCUGCUAAGGCUGUGUAUUGCUGUCUAAUAAAUUAUUUUAUAAUAAACUUUAAA